CUUCUCUCUCUCUCUCUCUCUUCUUGUUUCUUGGUAGCCAUGAAGAGCCCAGCAGCACCUUCUGAUGCCAAGCGUUUGAGGAUCAGCACUCGAUCUCUAUCAGUCAGCAGACCAGGUUCCCAUGAGAAACUCCUCCUCCUUCAUCGCCUCCGCCAGAAUCUUCUCUACCUCAAACUUAGAUCUUUACUUCCUAAACCUUCCAACUUGCACCAGCCUUCGGAAAUUCAGCCAAAUAUGGACGAGAUACCGCAGAAUGAUGGUUCCGAUGACGACGAAAGCCUAGAUCGAUCUGUGGAAGUUGCUGACAGUGUGGGGAGUACUGGUGAAGGUGAUGCUGGCGAUGCUAACAUUAAUGAUCAGGCCAAAGGCCAUGGUCACGAGGAUGAAUCGAAGCAGAAAAAAUUCAAGCCAUCCAUCAAAUUGAGAAAGUCAGACGGCACGCUGCUCAUCAGCUUGGUGGUUCUCAAGAAAGUGGCCCUCGCCUCUCGUCUCUUCGCUCUGCUGGAGAAGGAAAGUCUCGAUCUAGUGUUCCAACACCAGUACUGCACCGAAACAAAGGCCUGCUAUACCGUCCAGGUACGGGUGCCCGACGAGGUGGAUGAGGAAGCUUUGAAGGAAAAGAUUGGGGCUUGGGCAGAUGGCAAGAAGUAUUAAUUAGUCAAGACCCUAGCAGUCUUUGCAACUCGGACUUUGGUCCCAGAUUCUCUCUCUCUCUCUCUCUCUGAAUCAACCGGAACUUGGACUUGCUCCCUUCUACCUUUUUGCUUUCUUUUCUGCUGUACAUAUAACUAUUGCUAAAGGAAAUCAGCUAGUUCUGGCUCAAUGUUGCAUGUACACCAUCGUAUAUUUCAUGAGUUUCUU